ACCGCCGCCAUGCCUGCCUCAGGAUCUCUCAGAGGGGUCACCAAAGCCCCCAAGUUCGAGACCAUCCAACUCCACGGUGGUCAAGAGCCUGACCCAAUCAACGGUUCCCGAGCCGUCCCCCUUUUCCAGACAUGUUCCUACAACUUCAUGGACGCCGCCGAUGGAGCCAGCAAGUUCGCAUGGCAAAAGGAUGGAUACGUCUACACCCGUAUGGGUAACCCAACCAUCUCCAUCCUGGAGCAGAGAAUGUCUAUGCUUGAGGGAGGUGUCGGUGCUGUUGCCACCGCCUCCGGUCACGCUGCUCAGUUCAUGGCCAUCACCUCAGUUAUGGAGGCCGGCUACAACUUCGUCAGCACCAGUUGGUUGUACGGUGGAACCUACAACCAGUUCCGUGUCUACAUGAAGAAGUUCAAGAUCGAUGUCAAGUGGGUUGAGGGCCAAGACCCCAAGGACAUCGCGGCUGCGAUUGAUGACAAGACCCGUGCCAUCUACAUCGAGACCAUCGGUAACCCCAAGCACAACGUCCCAGAUAUCGCCGCCAUUGCCAAGGUUGCCCACGAUGCUGGCAUCCCCCUGAUCGUCGACAACACCUUCGGUAUGGGUGGUUACGUCCAGCGCCCCAUCGAGCUCGGUGCCGACAUCGUCACCCACUCCCUCACCAAGUGGGUUGGUGGUCACGGUACCUCCAUGGGUGGUAUCGUCAUCGACGGUGGCCACUUCGACUGGUCGAAGAGUGGCAAGUUCCCCGGCUUCACUGAGGCCGCUGAUGGUUACCACGGCAUGAAGUUCUGGGAGACCUACGGAUACAAGGCCCUCGCUGCCAAGCUCCGCAUGGACGCCAUGCGUGACUUGGGACCAUGCAUGUCUCCCUUCAACGCCUGGCUCUUCCUCAUGGGUCUCGAGACCCUGUCCAUCCGUGGUGAGCGCCACAACCAGAACACCCUCGCCUUCGCCCAAUGGCUCGAGGCUCACCCUCUCGUCAAAUGGGUUCUGUACCCCGGUCUGAAGUCCCACCCCGACCACGAGUACGCGGCCAAGAACCUCAAGAACGGAUUCGGUGGUGUCCUGACCUUCGGUGUUGCCGGCAACAUCGAGGAGGUCAGCGCCGUCGUCGACAACCUCAAGCUCUGCAGUCACUUGGCCAACGUCGGUGACGCCAAGACCCUCAUCAUCCACCCCUGGAGAACCACCCACCAGCAACUGCCCGACGAGGAGAAGAUCCAAGCCGGUGUCACCCCCGACCUGAUCCGUGUCUCCCUGGGUCUCGAGCACAUCGACGACAUCAUCCACGACUUCCAGCAGGCUUUCGACGCGGCCGGUCUGACCGCCAAGGGCCUGGAGAAGAAGACUGCGGCGUAGGGUAGGCGAAGGAGCGUUAAUGAUUUCACGGUUCUUUUCAUAGUUUCUCUACUUGAGCACUUGAGCCUUGAGGGUUCCUCUGUCGAUGAUUCUUGUUGGUACAGGAGUAGUAGUAGCGAAUUUCGAUGCCUCAAAUAGAUUAUUACCCAUC